ACAAGCGUCAGCAAGAAUACAGGUUUUGCAUGACAAAGUUGGACAGGAGUGUAGUGCUAUUUGGGCUGCGAGAACUUGUCAUGCUAACAGUGCCCAGAGGCAAGGUGUAAAUUAGACAUUUUGCAUCACAAAUGAGGGGGAGGGGGAGUUGUGCACUCUCAUGAUACGCGGCCGCAAAGUGGCACGGACGCGCGGCCGCGGCGGCACGAUCAGCCGGGACCACUUUUGCAAACGCAACAGUACCAGUAGAGGUAGACGUGAAAAACACAGAAGUUAAUGAUCCCGACGCAUUUAUCUUUAAGUAAAUAAUUUUUACGUGCACAAGCACUUGAAGCAAGUUUAUCUUUAUUGUUGACUCUUUCAAGGGCAGCUCCGAGAAAAUGAGAACAUCACUGGUGUUUCUAACACUUUGAGGCCGCUUAUGAAAGUUUGUGAACCGGAGAAUCAUGAUUGUCGUGAUCUUCCGUUCCAACUGCACGAGGCCGAUUUUGAAAAUGCUACUGAACUCGUCGCAGACCAUUAUUUUGUGUGUAUGAUUGGAACGACCGGAAACGAAAUGCGAAUCAUGCAAACACAACAGUACCAGUAGAGGUAGACGUAAAAAACACAGAAGAUAAUCCCGGCGCAUUUAAUAUCUUUAAUUACGUCUACGUGCACAAGCACUUGAAGCAAGUUUAUCUUUAUUGUUUACUCUUUCGAGGGCAGCUCCGAGAAAAUGAGAAAAUCACUGGUGUUUCUAAUACUUUGAGGCCGCUCAUGAAAGUUUGUGAACCGGAGAAUCAUGAUUGUCGUGAUCUUCCGUUCCAACUGCACAAGGCCGAUUUUGAAAACGCUACUGAAAUCGCAGACCAUUAUUCUGUGUGUAUGAUUGGAACGACCGGAAACGAAAUGUGAAUCAAUAGUUCGAAAGAACGCAAGCAAAAGGUCGAUAGCUUGUGCUUGUUGACGAGCAAGGAUCUUUCGAAGCACUGCCGUUUUAAACAACCGCUUUUUAUCUGGAGGUAAAGAACCAGAGCCUCUACCUCCCAACUGAUGAUAAAAAUCUACAUACUAGUAAAGCGUGCAAGCCGCGGCACGCAGGG